GACCGAAAUUUUCUAAUUGUUUUUUUUAAUUAUUAUUCGUUUGUUGUGAAUGAGUGUGGUGAGUGUGUUGAAAGUAAACAUAAUAUAAACACAUAUAUGGCCAAACAAUUUGAUUUACUCAUAUUUGGUGCUACUGGAUUCACUGGACGUUUUGUUGUCGAACGUUUAGUACAAACAAUCGAACAUUAUGGUUUCAAUGAUUCAUUUCGUUGGGCGGUUGCCGCCCGUAAUGUUGUUCAAUUACGUCGAUAUCUUCAUGAAAUCGAACAAUAUACUGGCAUCAAAUUUGUUCAUAAAUUGGACAUUUUUGAAACGGAUAUUGAACGUGAACAAUCGCUGCGUAAUGUGUUUGCUCGUAGUAAACUUGUCAUGAAUUGUGUUGGUCCAUAUAGUCUAUUGGGUGAACCGGUUAUCAAAGCCUGUCUGGAUACUGACGCUCAUUACAUGGAUCUAAGCGGUGAACCUUUAUUCCUGGAACAGAUGCAUCUUCGUUAUGAUCGUAUCGCACGUGAACGGCAACUAUGUGCCGUCGGUUCCUGUGGCUUUGAUUCGAUUCCAUCCGAUAUUGGUAUUUCGUAUUUGAAGCAAAAAUUUCCAGGCCGUCUAAAUCAUGCUGAACAUUAUCUACAGCUACAUACGGAUGGCCGUAAAUUUAACUAUGCUACAUGGAGAGCACUUGUAGAAGGAUUCAAGUACCGAAAUCAACUUCGAUCAAUGCGUGAACAAUUGUUUAGCCAAUAUAAACCAUUUUCAUGGCCAGUCCAAUUAAAACGACGAAUUUUUCGACGACACGAUCAAUUUGGUUAUUGUAUUCCAUUUCCUGGUAGUGAUCGAUCAGUGGUCAUUCGUAGCCAAAUGCAACGUUACAGUGAACGUGGAGAACUUCCAGCUCAAUGUGAGGUUUAUUUUUCACUAAACAAUCCGAUCGAUAUUUUGAAAUUGGUAGCAAUGAAUUAUAAUCUUCAGCUGCUCAGUCGAUUUGAAAAAGGUGAACAACUGUUGCUUCAAUAUUCAAGUCUGAUGUCGUUUGGUACAUUCGAACGUAACGUACUACCCGAUCGUCAGGCGCUCGAAACAAAUCGAUUUAAAUUCACAUUGAUUGGAUAUGGAUGGCCAAAUGGCAUUUCCACUUUAACCUCUGACAAUAUGACUCAGACCAGUGCAGUGACCAUAUCUGGUGGAGAUUUAGCCUAUAUAGAUACGGCUAAAAUUGCCGUUCAAACAGCAUUAGCAUUACUUGAUAAGCUAAAACGAAACGAUAAUGUACAUUAUGGAGUAAUAACACCAGCUGUAGCAUUUGAACCAGAUGAAAUUGUACCACGAUUACGUAAUGAAGAUAUCAAGAUUGAAUUUAUUACCAAAUUAUGAAAAAGUCAUUACAUUUAGCCUUCAUUCCGUUGUGUGUAAUACAUAGGUCAGUGUGUGUGUGUGUGUGUGUGUGUGCUGCGUUUCAUUAAAUAAAAUCAUUGUUAUUGUCUAAAGAGAAUAAAUCAUACAUCGAUGAUAAGUCAA